AUGGCUCCUAAGAAGAAGGAACAGCAGAAGAUGUCCCUUGGGGACUUUCUGGCUGAUUCAGGUUUUGGUGGAGGCUCCUGGGCUGAUGAGGUUGAGGAAACCUAUGUUUCUGGUACUCAGGCUCUCCCUCCCGCUCGAGACAGCGGCCGUUCCAUGACCACGUCUUCGUGGCAGGACCGAGGCUACUCUGUCCGCGAGUCCGUCCCCGCCAAGCUUCCCGAGAAGCCUCCGUUUACCGCCCACCUGGGCAACCUGUCAUAUGAUGCCACCAACGAGUCUGUGACCGACUUCUUUGACGGCUGCGACGUUGUCAGCGUCCGAAUUAUCGAAGACCGCGAGCUGCAGCGCCCCAAGGGCUUUGGAUAUGUCGAGUUCGGUAACCUUGACGGCCUGAAGAAGGCCCUGACCCUUGAUGGGCAGUCGUUUGAGGGCCGCAUGAUCAAAAUUAAGGUGGCCGAUCCUCCUCGUGGUGGCGAAGGCCGAGAGGGCCGUGGUGAAUCUGCCCGAGACCUGAGCGAAUGGACCCGCAAGGGCCCUCUUCCCGAUCUUCCUGGAGCGAGGGGUCCCCGGUCCGACUUUGGUGAACGCCGCCCCCCUCGCGAUCCCGCCUCUGAGGGCCGUUCUACUGGGACGUGGGAGCGACGCGGACCUCUGUCUCCCCUGUCCCCCCAGGAACCCGGAUCCCGUGAAAGCAGCCGCGCGCGCGGACCUCAAGAGGCUUGGGGAGAGGGCAGACAAGAGGGUGCCCGUCCUCCUCGGCAAUACAACGAACGACCCGAGCGCCCUGAACGCCCGGAGCGCACUCCUACCGCCGCUGAGAAGGAUUUCCAAUGGCGCGAUCGCAUGCGUCCGGAUGCUGCCAACGCACCCCCCGCUGAGACUCCGGCCUCUCCUGGAGCCGCGCCCCCGGCCCAAGCCCCCGGUGGUCGCCCCCGUUUGAACCUUCAGAAGCGAACCGUUUCGGAGGUUGCUGAUAGCUCUUCUUCUGCCGCUGGAGACGCCAAGGCUAGCCCCUUUGGAGCUGCUCGUCCCAUCGAUACCGCAGCAAGGGAGAAGGAGAUUGAAGAGAAGAGACUUCAGGCCAUCCAGGAGAAGAAAGAAGCGGACGAGAAGGCCAAGGAAGAGCGACGCUUAGCCAAGGAAGCCGCCGCUGCCAAGGCUGAGGCCGACGCCGAAGCCGAGGCUGAAGCCAAGCAGGCUACUGAGGCCGCCGAGGCCAACGUUGAGGCGAAGACAGACGCCGCCGAGACAGAAACCAAGGCUGAGGAAGAGCCCAAGACUGAGCAGACAAAGGAAAAUGGUGCGUCGGAGCAAAAGGUUCCUAUCCGAACUCGAGACCAGCCCAAGGAUUUCAGCCAGGGACAGAAAUCAAGAGCUACCGAGUCUGGCAACUGGAGAUCAGCCACCAACGAACAGCGACUCUCCCGUGGAAACUUCCGUGGUGGCCGUGGUGGCAGCCGUGGCGGCCGUGACGAUGGCGCGCCCCGAGGACCUCGCAACGAAAACCGGGCACCUCGUUCCAAUGGCCAGCAGGCUGCUGCUCCCGCGGCCGAGGGCGACGCUCCGGCUCCGGCUGCCGAUGAGGACGGCUGGACUACCGUCUCCGUCGGUAAGAAGGGACGAACUGGACGGGCGUAA